AUGCAAGCAAAGAAAAUGAAAACAGCUUCUUGUAACAAAAUUCCAAAACCGUCAGUUGGACAGAAUGUAAUUGUUUUGAAUCACCUUCAACACCAAGAACUAAUUUCUUCACCAUCUUUAUGGCCAGAUGAAGAAUUUAACUUUAUUGAAAUAUUGAAUUUUGAUUGUGAUCCUUAUCAAUUAGAGAAGCAUUUUAAACAAUGGUUUAAAGAUUACAACACAGAUGUAGAACAUCUACAUCUCAAUAUUUAUCGAUCCGAUUCUGAUAUUUUAAAGAUAAAAUGCGAUUCUCAAGAAUGUCUUAUUAAUCCUGAUGUACUUGGAAACAAUUCAUGUAGAUUAGCUACUGAUAUUGGUAUCAAUCAGUUUGUUUCCAAUCAGAACAAAAAUUCAGAUGGAAAAAUACCAAUAUAUCAAUUACAAGUAAUAGCAAUAGUUAAUAGUUCAGGUAUAUGUGAAUCCCUUCUAUAUGGUCAACCAUUGAUUUUAAUUCCAACUCAAUGUUGGAAACUUGAUUGGGAAGAAUUAGAAAACAAUCAACAAAUAUUUAUAACAAUAUGUCAAUUGUUAAAACAAAUAAAUAGUGUUUUAGUUGCCAAGAAGGACAAUCACUUUUGUCAAGGAAUGUCAGAAUUUAAAACUGCAGAUUACUUUUUGUUAUUUCCUUCAGAAAAUAAUUCUUUAUUAAUAAGAUCUGCAUGCAGUAGAGAAAUGUUGCUUCCUAAUACAAGUUUAGAACAUUCAAUUACAUCAGAUGAUACAACUGCUUUAGUACAGGGAUAUUUAGAUGUUUUGCAGAAGUUGGAAGAAUAUAAUCCUAUUUAUUACCAUUCUGGAUUAUAUAAUCUUUUAAGUCAAUCUAACAAAUCUAAAUCCAUUAAACGUUCUCAUAAUCAUAAAACAAACAUUUCUUCAGAUUUCUGCAAAGUAUCUAGAUUGUUAGCAGAGGAAUUUCCUACAAAAUUGUAAAUUCUUCUCUAAACUCAAUAUAAUUUUAUCAUUCAAAAAAAUUUUAUUUCAACAUACUUUAUUUAUAUUUGCUUUGUUAAUAUCUAUUCAACUAAAUAAAGUUGUGACUCAUAUGUGAAAAAUAUGUUUAUUAUAAAAAGUUUUUUAAAUGUAUAAUAAUUCUUAUAUAAUAAAAAAUAUAAUU